CAACGUAACCAACUUCUUUCUCUUAAAAUUUUAUUUUUACACAAAAUGGCAUCCAGAACUCUGAUGCAAUUUAAACGGAGUCUCGCAUCUUCCACCACUCCCAAAUUUGCUAUCAUGGCCGAUGCUGCUGCUCAUCCUCCUCCAACCAAAUCAAGUAAUGGAUUUAAGAAGAUGGCGAUGAGUGCUUCGUUUGCACCGGUGUGGAUGGUGUUCGGAAUGGUUGUCGUGGCCACGACGAUUGGAAUUCACACAGCAAAGCAGCAGUUGUGUCAUUCCCCGUCGGUUCAGCUGACUAAGAAGAAGAGAGAGUGCGUGCCCGAGGUGGAAAUUCCAGAUGUGGUGACGGUUUCCGGUAGCAAAUUCAUCAAUAAAUCUUUCUUGAGGAAAGUGGCUCACAUUCAGGACGAUAAACGAACCCUGAAUGACCAUGUUCGCCCCGACCCUUUUACUAGCUCUCGGGACAAUGAAACCUUAAAAUCAGUUGGAGUCAGCAAGUGAGCUACACGAAUUUUAACACGUUGAUGUCAUCUGUGAAUAAUUUUUCAAUCUUUUGACUUUUCUUUAUUUGGAUUUUGUAGUCUAGUUGCUAGUGUGUCUUUCAAUUUAUUGGAGAUUCUCAAGACAUCCUUUUUGUAUUUAUUCCUAGCUAAAUAAAUAACGAUGUUUGCAUUUUAAAA